AUGGCAGGGUGGACGGUGAAUCCCCGCUCCUCUGCCUCCAAGCGCGACAAGCUCAUGCUGACCGACGUGAUGCCGGCGAACUUGCGCACGACCACGAGGGGCAGCGCCGCGCCGCGCUUCGGGCGCGUGAACUGCCUGGAUGCGGAGGCGUUUGCGCAGCUCUGCGCGAGGCUGGACCCCAUGCCAGGCAAUCCUGGCGAGCUCAGCGAGGGCCUCCCGGUUUGCAGAGCACCCGCCAUGAAGGAGCCGCCACCCAUGGAGUGCAAACGGGCACGGACCUCACGGACCUGCUGGGACGAUGACGAGGAUUUGGCUCCUGCUGGAGUCCUGCCCGAAGUGUGCGUGGAGAAGCCGAAGACCUGGCGAAUGAAGGCCACUCGUAUGGUCACGGCCAUGGCAAGUCUUGCGACGUCCAUGAGCCGGGUGAGCACGAAGUGGAGCGAGCCGUGUGAUGCUGAGAUUCGGAGCACGACGCCAAAGCCGAAGGGUGGCGCAAGCAGAGGCCCAGCGGCCGCAUUCAUGCAGUCUCCGAGCUGA